CAGUGAUCUGCCACAAGGAAGUUGUUCUGGGGUAUAUACAAUUUACCAAUCAAAUGAAACGAUUGAUGUUUACUGUGACAUGGAUACAGCAGGAUUUGGAUGGACAGUUUUCCAAAGCAGAAUGAACGGAUCAGUUGAUUUUUACAAAACAUGGAAAGAUUACGAGAUUGGAUUUGGAGACUUGAAAUCCGAGUUUUGGUUAGGAAAUAAAUUCAUUAAUAUUCUUACAUCUUCUGACACCUACAAAAUGUACCUCCAUCUUGAAGAUUUUGACGGGAAUUCGAAGUACGCAGAAUAUAGUGAGUUCAGUAUUGGUGACGACACAACGAAGUAUACUUUGACUGUCAAUGGAUACAGCGGAACUGCAGGAGAUAGCCUAAUGUAUUCUGGCUAUAAUCAAAACGGCAUGAUGUUUUCUACUAAAGACCAGGAUAAUGACAGAGGUACUCGCAACUGCGCAGUAACAUUUCAAGGGGCAUGGUGGUACAAUGAUUGUCAUUAUUCUAAUUUGAAUGGGAAAUAUCUUGGUGGACAGCACUCGUCUAAUUCCGAUGGUAUCAAUUGGGGUACAUGGAAAGGAUUUCGAUAUUCACUAAAAUCUACUAAAAUGAUGAUAAAACGACAAUAGGAACCCUUUUCAGAAUGACUCACAAUUUAUUUAUGAAUGAUCAAAUUAAAUUACAUUUUAAGAACAUUGUUGAAUGACGUCACGUGUA